CGGAAGUGAACUGCCCAAUAAUCAUUUCCAAGUUAGCGUUUUUAUUGUUGUUAUUCAGACAUUUACGCCAUGGAAAAAAAUAUGACUCAUUUAACUGCACAGCAUCACAUACUUGUCCCAGGUAGUCUUUAAUUCGCGUUGGUGACCGGACUUGGUUGAUGUUAUCUAGGUAACGCUCGCUAGCUGCUAACGUUAGCUAACAAUGGCUGACUGUAUGGUUUUUCACACGCAAAUAGCCUCCAUUAUGGAGGUGUUAGCGAAUGCAGCAGUGACAGAGGUCUGUAAACUCGUAGACGACGACUAUGCAGUGUUUCGUUUGGAAAUAACUCAAAGCCAGAAAGAAAACCGGGUAUUGCGGAGGAAACUACAGCUACUGGAACUGAAGGUGUCACGGGAGCGCGCAGAGACAAUACAAGAGCGCGUCCUCGCCAGUCGUCCCAGUAGUGUCAAGAUCCUCGACCGAUACAGAGGAAUGGCAAGAGGUGAAGGACAUCUCACUGGAGGCCACAGGAGCUUUGUGAAGCCAGCGGAACACAAUACAUGGAGAGAUGACCAACCAAUCACUGUUGAUGAGGGGAGUGGAACCUCAACCCAGCAUGUUAUCGUGAUAGAGUCAGCAGAUGCUGCAGGUCCUGGGAUUAAGCAGGAGAGGCCUGAAGGAGAGGAGGACCCAUGGCACAGCAGAGACAUCCAGACUGGAACGGCUGGAGUGCCCCCUGUAGCCAGGGAGGACCGCGGCACAGUGCAGCCCAGGACCCAACGCAGCAUCACGGAGGUCAGAGACAGACACAAGUCAGAGACAGACACAGAGACUUUAACUGUAACGCAAAGGCUUUUACACACAGGCUCUGACCACAGAUCAGACCCAGAGGGACUGGGUUGUCUUCCUGCUCCCGGCUCAGAGUAUUUACUUUACAGUAACCCGAGCCCAAUUCCUUCCCAUCAAGAUGCAUUAGAGACUGGCAAUGAUUUGUCUUGUUCUUCUACUACAGAGAUGAACCCUGGAAACAUAUCCUUGUGUUUAGAGACACAGACUGAUCUGUCUAGAGGGGACUGGAACCGGUACAGUAAUAGUGUGUACUCUGAAGGGAGCCUAGAUAAGAAAGGGGAGGGUCUCGUCGUAGAUGAAGUGACUGUGAAAGUGGAGGGUGACACUCCUCCCACAUGGAAUGCAGAUAGUCACCUAGGAUAUGGACUCUCACAGGGCAGUGAUUUCUUAGAUUACAGGGAAAGCUUAGCGACUAAUCCAAAUGUCACAAACCACUCCCCUUUACACACACUUGGAGAUUACCAGCCAGUGUCCACUUCGAUGGGGCCUUCCAAUUCACACGGACGCUGCCUUUUCGAUCAGGUAUUGAACUCAAACGACAGGGCUGGAGCCCAGGCUCUGGGAGGGGGGGCCACAUCAGGCAAUAGUAAAGAGAAACGGUUCCUCUGUAUGUUCUGUAACAAAGGCUUCAGCUGCCCCCAGAAAGUGGAGAUCCACCAGAGGGUCCACACAGGGGAGAAGCCCUUCAGCUGUACCCAGUGUCACAUAUGCUUCGCCCAGGGUGGUGACCUGAAGAGGCAUCAUAGGGUCCACACAGGGGAGAAACCCUUCAGCUGCCCCCAGUGUGAGAAGAGGUUCUCCCGCCAGCACCAUCUGAAGAUGCACCUGAAGGUCCACACGGGAGAGAGGCCGUUUGCCUGUGUGCACUGCGAGAAGAGGUACUCGGAGAAGAGCUACCUCAGGAUACACCAGCAGAAAAACCAUUCCACUCUAUAACAUAGACCGUAACCAUUUCACUUGAUAGCGUCUGACGUUUAGAUCAAACCCUACUUUAACCCCUUACACUUGUGAGAAUUGGCCUAUAUGGAUAGGGCUAAAUCGAAAUGUUUCUUACAGACGAGCUAGGGAUUGCAUAACCAUGGUAGCAAUCAAAAGGGAACAGUUUGGAGAUUAUGGUAAAAUUAUUAGACUAAGGGUGGGGACACAACAGUUCUCCUGAUACAAAACUGAAUGCAAACAUUACAUGGUUGAUUUUAUGCACAUUUUACAUUUACUGUACUUUGCCGCAUUUGUUAAAAAUAAAAUCAGAACAUACUUUGGAUACUUUCAGUAACAAAAUAAGAAUAUUCCAGGAAAAUGUGGGGUUGGUGCAACAUAAGACAAAAAAAAUGACCAGGGUUUGAGUGAGAGGACUAACUGGUGUUUCCAAGCAGCAACACACCUCUCCAAAGUGUACACAGUUAUGAAGUAAUUUCAAUGCACUUUUAUGACUUAAGGAAGUGUCUUCAACUUUAAGGUGAUUUUCUUUUUGCUCUCCUAGCUGUGCCGUUGAGGAACUAGAUCAAUCACAUUUGUUUAAAAAAAAAAAAAAAUUAUUUCUGUUAUUUCACCAGGUAAGUUGACUGAGAACA